AUGAUCGGAGGAGUGCAAUCAAGACUGAGAAAAUUGGACAUUUAUCGUAAAUUACCAGCUGAUCUAACAGAGCCAACUACAGCUGGUGCAUUAAUUUCAGUCAUCAGUACUAUUGUGAUAGUUAUACUAUUUAUCACAGAAUUACAAGCAUACAUUGAAGUGGAUAAUAGUAGUGAAAUGUUUGUUGAUAUUAAUCGCGGUGGUGAAUAAAUUCGGGUAAACUUGGACAUAGAAUUUCAUAAAUUUCCAUGUGAUAUUCUAUCUUUGGAUGUUUAGGAUAUUAUGGGGUCUCACGUUGUGAAUGUAGAGGGUAGAUUAAUAAAAAAGAGAAUAAAGAAUGGAAAGGUAAUUUCUGAAGAAGUUCAUUCAAAUCAUGAAGGACACGAACAUCAUAAUUAACCAUCAAUAGAUUUUGCACGUAUUGAGUAAGCAUUUAAAGAAAAGGAAGGGUGUCAAAUUGCUGGAUAUAUUAUUGUAAACAAAGUGCCAGGUAAUUUCCAUGUUUCAGCUCAUGCUUUUGGAGGAAUCUUACAUUAAGUGUUUUAGAGAAGUUAAAUAUAAACUUUAGAUUUAUCACAUACAAUUAAUCAUAUUUCAUUUGGAGAGGAGGAUGAUUUGAUGAAAAUAAAGAAAUAGUUUUAGAAAGGUGUUCUAAAUCCACUUGAUAAUACUAAAAAAGUGGCUUAACCACAAGGUGGAACUGGAAUGAUGUUUUAAUAUUACAUAUCAGUUGUUCCAACAACUUAUGUGGAUGUAUCAGGAAAUGAAUAUUAUGUUCAUCAAUUUACUGCCAAUAGUAAUGAGGUAUUAACUGAUCAUCUUCCAGCAGCUUAUUUUAGAUAUGAUCUCUCUCCAGUAACUGUGAAAUUCUUGUAAUAUAGAGAAAGCUUUUUGCAUUUCUUGGUGCAGAUUUGUGCCAUUCUCGGAGGAGUAUUCACAAUUGCUAGCAUAGUUGAUGGAAUGAUUCAUAAAUCAGUUGUUGCACUACUUAAAAAGUACGAGAUGGGUAAAUUGAGUUGAAAUAAAUAAAUAUAAUAUGUUUAUAGUGAUAUCAUUAAUAGAGGUGGUAGUCCAUA